UAAAGCGUGUCACGUCGAAGAUUCUCUCUCUCUCUCUCUUUCCUCCCUCUCUCCGUCUCUCUCCGCAAAACUCGGAACGGAUUUCACAAUAACUUUGUUCUCCUAAGUAUCCCUUGGCCCUGAUCCCGCAUCCCUCGUCUCGACACCGCCGAUUAUGCGCCCGCGGUUUUGGUGCAGUGUCUACCUCAUUCUCCUCGCGACAGCGGGACCCACGCACUCCGGAAGAGCAGUCAGGGCCCUGGCCUUCCGCAAAGGCAGCACCUUUUUCUAUCGGCUAAACUACAAGAUAAACACUCUGCCUUACACGACAAUCUUCGCGCACGCAGCGGGUUUUAAGGCGGCAUGGGAACUGCCGACUACCGGUGGGCCUCGAAACGUCCGGUCCGUUCCAGACAUUCACAAAUGCGCCGAACUCGUGUACGAAAGUCAUGGCUUCGAUGGCCGUUCCUGCUUGCUGAAGAACAUCUGUCAGGGGUUACAAUACGUGAAGCGGAAGGACGGCGUUAUAGGGAAAAUAUUAAAGCUACUUGCAGAGUCGUAUAUUAAUAAUCGCACUUGGCACGAAGAUCCGCUGUUCUGUGAAUAUCAUACCACAAAUUGCCCUCUGCAGUUAGUCGGAUUUAAUAGUUUUACAGAGAGCUAGCACACUGAAGUAUCUUACAAUUAGAGAGUAAGUCACCGAGUAAUUAUUUGAUUACUUGAGACAAAUUAUGCAUCAAACGCAGUAUAACAUUGCUAAAAUUAUUGCACAUUAAUAAAAAUAAUAAUUCUUACAAAGUAUAUUUUUUACUUGUAUCAUUAAUAAAGAAGACCGAA